AUGACGAGUAAUGCGGGUCAGACAACGGUGAUUCCUGGGGUAAGAGCGAUGAACUUGCCCGUGGAAAUGAUGCAUCCGCAGCCGGUUGCCGAAGCCGAACGAGAUCCGAGUGCGCUUGCACUGUUCACGAAUCCACAGGGGGUCUGGAGCAAUCUCUCGGGGACGUGGACGAGGCCACCUGGACGUGAGUGGAAUGGGAAGUAUUGGGCGGAAAAGAAGAAGGCGCCGCGUAAGAAACCUGUGCCACCACCUGAAAGCCGAACAGACGAAAAGAAAGCAGUUAAGAAACCGAGGUUGAAGAGAACGCAUGAUUCCAGCGACGACGAACCUAUUGUCGAGCCGCGGAAGAAGGAGCUGAAGGCGCCAGUUAGGAAGGUGGCGACGGCGACUGACCAGCAGUCGGCCAGAAACUAUCAGCCACGAGGGAACUUUCGGCUGGAUGCAGCUUCGCCGCGAUGCUGGCGGUGCGGCCAUGUAACAGCAGACUCCCCAGGACGGACAGUCCAAGGACGACGAGGUGGUGAGCGACGAGAGCAGGUGGCGCGUGGCAGCACCGAGACGGAGAACACGAGUGCGGAGUCAAGAACGAAGACGGUGUUGAUGGGACACGAGGGGCUACGAGUGGAACUAGUGGUGGCUACGAGCGUGGUGGCGGUGAUGGCUGACGCCACUACGAUGAUGAACGAGGUAUUGGAGGAGCUGAGGAAGGACACAGCAGCCCGUGACAGCGAUCGUGCAGCGCGAUACGUGGCGACUGUCCGACCUACACGUGCAGCGGAGAAGUAUGUGAGUGAUGAUCGAGAGCAACAAGAACGAGACGAAGACGAACGUACCCGACGCGUGGAACCGGUGGCUUCGGCUGGAGAGGGCGCGGCAACGACGGAAGUGUCGACCACUGGAGAAGACGCGAACGGCGCGAACGGCGCGAACGGCGCGAACGGCGAAGACGACGAGCGACGACGUGACGGAAACCAGCGUCGCUGCCGUGCGACUCGCCCGACGCCAGGCUCGCAAGCGAGAUGGCGCCAAGCGCGCCAAAGCACGAAAGCAAGCUGCAGUACGAGAAUAGGAGCAGCAGCAACGUGCGGCACGUUACGUGCCACUGACGAACUGGAUCGACGACGACGAACUGAUGUUGACGAAGCUCUGCGCGAACUCGAAGUCCGACGGCAACGACGGACCGACGGUCGAAGCGCUGACGAACCUGCAGAAACACGAGAACCAGUGUGGUGCAGCGAGCAAGUCGACGAACGGAGCCACGAGGCGGGCAUGGACUUCAAGGAGAACGAGCUGCGACACAGGGAGAACGAGCUGUCAACCGUGAUACCGUUCAGAACGUUUGAAGGCCCAACGAGUGGACGCAUUGCAGCAGUUCGAGUGGCGAGGAAGACGCACCUGACGCGCCGCUCGGUGACGCCAGUUGAGGUGGUGGUCGUGGCGAAAGACGGCGAGAAGGGAGGGUUUGUUCCGACUACGACGUUAGGGUCAGUGAUGUUGGUCGCUACGGUGACUGAAGUGCAGAAUAGUAAAGCGUGGAUCCCGGCGGUGAAUGGUAGUGAUGGACGAGUCAAGUUGCCUUCGAAGAAGAUUUUUGAACUUGGGUGCCGCUGGAUGAAGACGUAG